UCCCUCCAAAUAUUUCCAACAAAACAUUUUUUUUUUCCUUCUAAGCAAAAGUCUGACCUCACCCAUUCAUUUCAUCUACAUAAUAACCGAGGAGAGAUCCUGCCACAUGUCCGGAGAGCGCCUGGGCAGCGUGCAGCGGAGGAGAUCUGGGUUGCAUCUUCUCCAAAAGAAAGACGCAUUUUUUGUUACUACUGAAACCUUAAGGGGGGCUUUUUAAAGCUGGAAAACAUCUAGUAACCAAAUCCAGCUGCGUGUGUGAGUCUGAGUUUGAGAGUGAGUGCGUGUGUGUGUGUGUGUGUGUGUGAGAGAGAGAGAGAGAGUGUGUAAGUGUGUGUGUGUGUGUGUGUGUGUGUGUGCGCGUAUGAGGAAGAGGCAGAGAAACAGAGAAGCUGAGAAGGUCUACUUCCUUUAGUCUAAGCAAAAGAAAGAAAGAAAGAAAGAAAGAAAGGGGAAAAAAAGAGAAAGAACUGUCUGCUUUCACCCCCCGCCGACGCCGCAGCAGCUUUUUUUCAGGAAUGAACGCCGAGACGUGCGUUUCAUACUGCGACAUGACAUCCAUGGAUUCGUAUUAUAGCGCGUCCGCGGCGCAGGCUAGGGAUCAGCAAGCCAGCAACCCGUUCAGGACAUUCCCAACCAGCAGCGACACCAAAUACAGCCCGACUUUCCUCAGCAGCAGCAGCAGCAGCAGCAACAGCAGCAGCAGCAAAGCUCAGGCGUACGGAGAGAAGUCCCGGAGCCCGUUCCAGCAGGAAUGCCAGCCACUGGAUGGCACCGCUGGAGAGAGCACCUUUAACAAAUACCACCUCUUCAUGCAGAGAUCCUCUUGCAAGACUCCACCAGAAAGCAGCAAACUGCACCAGGACAGCGCAGCCAACGGAGCACUCAUCUCCUGUUACGGUAAAGACACCACAGGGCUGACCGACUCAGAGCUGCCAGCGAACACCGACCCCACAGGAAUGGAUGGUAGCUACCUCAGCGUGAAGGAUCCAGGAGCCAAGGUUCCUCAGGAGAGACCCAGCUCCGAGCUCGCCUCUCCCCUGGACAAAGGCGAAGGAGAGAGCAACAAGGGCAAGAAGAGGCGCAACCGCACCACCUUCACGAGCUAUCAGCUGGAAGAGCUGGAGAAAGUCUUCCAAAAGACGCACUACCCGGACGUGUACGCUCGAGAGCAGCUGGCACUCAGGACGGACCUCACAGAGGCUCGAGUGCAGGUAUGGUUCCAGAACCGGAGAGCCAAGUGGAGGAAGAGGGAACGUUUUGGACAGAUGCAGCAGGUCCGAACGCACUUCUCCACCGCCUACGAGCUUCCACUCCUCACUCGGCCGGAGAACUAUGCUCAGAUCCAGAAUCCCUCAUGGAUCGGAGGCAGCAGCGCAGCAUCCCCGGUGCCAGGCUGCGUUGUUCCGUGUGACUCGGUGACUUCCUGCAUGACCCCUCAUCCCCACGCUGCGAGCGGAGUGUCCGAGUUCCUGGGCGUGCCCAGUCCCGGAGGACACAUGGGACAAAGCCACAUGGGCAGUCUGUUCGGGAGUCCAGGCAUGAGCGCCGGCAUCAACGGAUACGAUCUGAACAUGGACCCUGACCGGAAGUCGUCCAGCAUUGCUGCUCUGCGCAUGAAAGCCAAGGAACACAGUGCAGCCAUCUCCUGGGCCACAUGAUCGCCCGGACGCACCAGCACGGUCGCUCGUAGUGUUCUUUAACAACGCAGUGAGAGAAACAAGAUGGUGAAGAGGACAAAAAUAACGAGCGUGGGUGAAUACCAGAGCAACCACGAUGCCAUGUGUGGCAAAGGACAAAGACGGUGAGAGAGUGGACUGACUCGGAGAACAGAAAACUGAUAUUAUUACUAAAAAAAAAACCUGUGAAGGAAAACCUCUUAAGGAAGAGAAUAAUCUGAGAUCAAUCUGAUAAUCUGAGAAAUGAGAAUUAACCAAAGUGAGUUGCGGUUCGUCUACAAAAAAUAAUGAAGGAUUUGUAGCUUCUGGGAUAAACCUUUAAAAUGCUAAGAAAAAAUAAAAUAAAAAUAAAAGCAACCCCUGCACUUAUCAGAUGAACCUGUAGGUCCUAGUUGUAAAGAGCAAUUGUACAGAAACAGCAACAGGCCUGAGAAUAUUAACAUUUUUACUACUUUAUAGACAAAUCUUUUCCCAAAGUCCAAAACUGAGGACCGUCAAAAACACUUACACACUUAAUCUAGAUAUUAUGAAAAUAGAAACCGUCUCAAACGUAACUUUCUUUUCCAUUUUGGCAAAAUUAACACUUACAAAUGGUCUAAAGCAUUCUACGUUGCACUGAAGAUUUUUUUUUUUCACAUCUAAUAGCGGUGUGUUCGUCAUGCAGUGAGUCCCGCAGAGCAGAAACCGUUCGUACGCAGUGUGUGAUGGUGAGAGAGUGACCCUUUAUGUGCAGGACGCUAAGAAGCACUAGACAAUAUAUUUAAUUUAAGGUGUGGAUGAAAGCUGGCUUUACACAUAUGACUUUCAACCCAACAAAAAUCGCACAUCGCAAAAGAAUUGAGAUCGGCGCUGUAAGAACGCAUAAUGUACAAUGUUCAUAUAAUCAGUGGCAGAUUUAGCAAUAUGACCAAAGACAGCUGAUGAUAAAGUUCUGUUAGUGUGAGAGAUUUCGGAUUAAAAUAGCAGAGUGAAAACGCUUUUACUACAUUUGUCUAAAAUCCACCUAUAGGAGGACAGCUAACUUCCAGGACAGCGACAAAUACAGUAGAGGCGAUGGCGUAAAAGAAACAUGUGAAGGACAGAAAAAUGUCCUUAUUACUUCACACGCAGAUUGAAGAUUGUAUGUGUUUAAGUGAGCCUGUUUUCUGCACGAGCUGAUUUCCCGAUCACGCUGAUUGAUGACGUGAGCAGCAUCGUACGCACGCAUUUUCUUUAAUCGCAGGUUUAUUGUUAGAGGAUGUUCAUUAUAUCUUAUAAUGUGACAUGUAGAACUCACUAUAUCACAGUCUGCUGUAGGAUUUUAUUCAGAUUCCGUACAGUGUGAAGAAUAAUUAUCUUAAUGAAGCACUGACAUUGUGCAAUCUAAAAGUAGGAAUCGGUGUCAAGAAACUGUUUUAAAACAAGUAAAAACUAAUCUGAAGUAUAAAAUCGUGAUAAAUCCAGCAGAAAAUGAUUUCUGAGAAGAGUGAGAGCCUUCUAACUCCAGUCACAGACUAUUUUUAUAAUUAGGAUGAUUUUCCGACCAAUCGGUAGUCUGCACUAUUUUUCUAGCCCCGCCCACACAUCCUAGCUCAGCUUACAUGGUACUUGAGUCAGAGCUUGACCCAAAUUCAGUCCAGGUACACCUAAUAGUCAUGGAAAUGUGCAGCAUCAUGGAGAAUUAUGGGUAAUUUGCCAAGUCUUUUUGCACGGUCCUGUGGAAAGAGCUUUAAAAAUAAAAAAAAAGUGUCAUGUGACCCUUCAUCACCUCGAGCAAGGGCUCAAAGGUGUAACACUCCCGAUGCCUUUCUUACAUGUCUUGUCUUUAAUGAAAUCUGAAACACAGAGCGAAAAUGCUGCGUCCUAAAAAACAGUAAUGUAUUCCCCUUCUGUGUGGAGUUAGCAAUCUAUCACAAAAAAAAAGAGCUAAAGCUAUUUUCCCACUCGAAGAGCUCCCAGGUGAGAGGGCUCUUAACGGCAGACCAAAGCUGUACGCUAGCGAGUUGAUGGAUUUGUUGAAAUAUAUUACCCGUUUCUACAUCUCAAUCCAAGUUUAUUUUCUCUCCCGCAGAGGAUCAGGGCAAGAUAUUUGACCUGAAGUGACGAUGCGCGUGUCUGAGAGCUCAGUCGGGGUUUUCUACAUGCUUUAUGCGGCAAUAACAAUAACGUCAAACAUCAUCGCGGCUUUUAGAGAGACAAGAUUUCUGGAAAGAUCGUGAAUGAGGAGUGUAAUUUGACAGUGGUUUGGGACAUUAGGCAGAAAAAAUAUAACAUUACGAAAACUCUAACCUGCUGUCCUUGCCAGAUUUUUCAAAUACUGACUAAAGAAGAAAUUUUGCUGAUUUAGCCGAGACCUCUGGUGCGUUAUCUGAGUUUAACAUCUUCCAGAGCAGCCCAGUUUGAAUAUGAUACGUAUAAACAUUUGAAUGCAGGCUCAAGUUUGAUCCUUGCUUCAUUAUUUUUUUGGCAGCAGUCCCUCGGAAAAUGAGAAAUGUCCAGCAUUCCACACUCGAGUUUGACACCAUCUCUCAUUCUGGACAUUUGUAUCUUUAUCACCGGAAAUUUUACUCAACAUGAGUUAAAAGCAAUAACUUUUGAGUUCCAUCGCGAUUUGCUUUACAGCCUUUCAGUUUUUUUUUCUUCCUUUCUUCCGGAUUCCAGAUAUAGAUCAGGUAAAAACAAAUCUGUUUUAAAUUUGGGGAAGAAUCCGAUACAUGUUUAGACAGGCCAUUUCCAGUUUAUAAAUGAGAACCACGUUUAUGUCAUCUUACUGGGAGGCUUUUCAGAAUUCCGUAUUUUCAAACACAAAGAGGUUUUAUCAUGUUCAUAAAUAGAGAUGAGCGAUCAGCGCCGGCGUUUAACACAUAGACACUCACGCUUAAGGUCAAAGUAUUAAUUUGAUGAAAAAGAAGGGGGAAAAAAGGAAGCGUACUUGAAAUAAAAUUUGAAAUAAAAUUUGCUUAGCUCCAGCUACAUAAGAUUCUUUGGUUAUGAAAUUUCAGAUAAGCGACUAACACGACUGGAGACAACAGUGACCUUUUAAUCAUUAGCUUAACCAUUAACGAUGAGUUCAUAGCUAUAAAUAAAACAUCAGUUUCAUCAGUGUAGUGCUGUUUUAUUUUACAUUGGCACUUCACGUUAACACUUUUGACUACAGCCAUGAACUCUGAACAGAUGAGAUGCCUGUUUUGAAACUAAAGUGGAGUCUUGAAACGUUGUUUUCGUCAUCCACUUUUAUUUUUUCGAACAAGCGAUGUCGUCAGUUCACUAUUGAGACCAGAGACGGUAAAUAAAAUGACCUCUAUAAAAUAUAGAGGUCAUUUUAUAAAAUAAAAUCUAUGAAAUUCUGUGAAAACUCGUUCCUUGCUCGAUGUCUUCACCUAAAUAUUAUACUGAUACGAAUGCAUGUGAUUGGCUGCAACAGAGGAUCUGCUACAGAAGGCAGGUUCAUGUUUGGAAAACUAGCAUCGCUGAACUUCAUUGGUUCUGCUAUAGUAUUUUUUUGCGUACUCGGUUUGUUGCCAUGACAACAGAAAGCGCAUUAGUGACACGUCAUACAUAUUUUGCAAAGUUAAGGUGUGAAAUGUGGUGAAAUUCUGAAUACGUUUCUGGAGAGUGUUUGAGUUUUCUCAGCAGAAAACAAAUGCAUUUGUCAAGUUGUAAUGAAGUUUUCCUUGUUUCUUGUGA